AUGCAGUUGGAAUUGUUGUCUGAUACCGUCGGCAUCACACUCCAUAUCGUGAGCAUCGUUGCACUACCGAUUGCUGGAUCGAUUGACUUUGAGAUCAUCACGCAUCCGAAUAAACAUGAUCUUGAAGGCAUCUCUGCAUGGUCCCCGGAUGACGUAGUGGCUGUCGAACACUGCAAAAGGGCUCUCGGUGCUGCAUCUAUCUUCGACGAAGUUCUCUACCGCCGUUACGGCGGAGAUGGCGAGGGUGAAGAGGAGAAUGGAGCUGACGAAGGACGCAGCGGAGAUGGCGGCGAUGACGGCACCAGCGGCAAUGACAACGAUGACGGAGAUGCUGACGAUACCCAAAUCGCUUCCAACUCCCCACGACAAGACUGCAUCUAA